AAGGAAAAUUAUUAUAGUAAUUUUUUUUUAUUAGUAUUUUUUCUUAAUAAUACGAAAAAUGAUUCUAAAAAAUAUUAUAUUAUUAUUGACCAUUCAUUUAAUAUUUGGGAUAUCCUUUCGUGAUUUACAGUGUAAUUUUAUGAAAUAUAUGUUAAAUUAUUUUAAUCAUAAUUACCGCUAUUUAAUUGAAAUGAUAGAAAACAAAGAAAAAUAUGACGUGGAUAGUUUAAGCAAAUAUGGCAAUGCAAUAAAAACUCAUGGCGAAAUUGUAUUAAUAAUGUUAGAUAUUUUAAGGGAAGCUGAUAAAAAUUUUUACUCGACAGAUUUGAUAUCAGUCAAUUUAUACAUAAAUAAUGUUUCUGAGAAUAUAGAUUUCUAUGCUAAAAAUGGUAACGGAAUAUUUGAUUUGUCAGAUAAAAUUUCCAGUAUUAUUAAAGGUUACAAAAUGCAUCAUGAGUUCUUUUCAGAUCAUUUAGAGCUUAAAAUAUUUAAACAUUGCAGUUGUACCACAUUUGACGAAGUAUUUAUUUAUUUUCCUGAUUACAACGAAUCAGGCGAAUAUACUCUCGGAAAUUUUCAAAUUGUUUCAAAUAAACUUAGAAACCGAUUGUUACAAAGUGAUAAACAUCAAAACGACACCGAUGAAUAUAUUAAAAAUUUAACAUUUAGUAGAGUAUAUUUUUAUUUUAAAAAAGCUAUUAAAAGGUGUGAAUACUGGGAAUUUUUACCAAAAAAUUUACUAUUUUAUAACUUUAUGAUGAAUAAUCGCGAAAUUUCUGAAAAAGAUCUUAUAAGAAAUUCUCAGGAUAAACAAUAUCCACAGUUAAUAAACGGAAGAAUUCAAAAUGUUUUAGAUUUUAUUCGAUUUGCACCACUCGCUAUAAUUUGUCCCGACGAAAGACACUUGACCCUUUUUGAUAUAUUUAGAUAUAUCAAGUAUAGUUUUUACACGAAAGAUAUACAAGUAUUUCAUGUACUUCUAAUGACUGCAACAUUUCGUCCUAUUGCUUUACUCGUUAGACUUCUUAUCAAUAUUCUUAGGUCCUCAAUAGACGUUUACAAUUUUUAUAGUGACGAAAAAGAAAGUUUAAUAUUGUAUCAUAAUAUUAUUUUCGUUGGUAAUAGAAUAAUUGAAAUUUUUCAAGAUUUUGUUAAUUUGGAUCUCUUUGGUGAUGGCCCAUCUAGAGUAUUUCUUAAAUUAUCAGAAAUAACUUCUCAAUGUCUUAAAUAUUUCAUUAAUAAAAAUAACACAAGUGUCAAGUUAUCAUCCAUAAAACUGAUGCAUUCAUUAAAAUCAUUUUUUUAUGAUAACAAAUUUAAUUUUGAUAAUAUAUAUGAGUAUUCUACAAAGGAUAUUAUCAAUACUUGCUUUAAUGAAUUGACUGUAAACAUGAAACAUACGGAAACAUUUUUGAGAAACUUAGAAGAACACAAAAAAUUAUUUGAAGUAACCAAAAAAACUUUGAAUAUUAAUCACAAGUUAAAUUUACAAUUGACUCAUGUUUUUAAUAAAUUUACAAUAAAUUUGUUAUGUCAAACUAAAGAUAUUAACACAUUAUCAUAUAAAUUCAAUGAUGAAUAUGUCACUCAAAUUGUUGAUUACAAUAAAAAAAUUACAUCUGAUGAUGAUGAAAAUAGAAACAAAUAUAUGAGUAAAAAAAAUUAUCCUGAAGAUUCUUUAAAUAAUAAUGAUAAUUGCGAUUACUAUUGUUUUUAUCCUAAAUAUUUAAAAGAUUAUAUAUUGUUUAUAUAAAUUUUACACAAUAUUUAUAUUUAUAAAUAAUUUUUAGAUUAUUUAUACACAUAGACUAUAUAAUACAUUAAAAUACCUUAAAUAUA